AGCGUCGAGGUAUGGUCGCGCCGCUCGACGCUGAGAACGUACGCGUGUGUCCAACGAUAUUUCGAAUUUCAAUACGAAAAUAAUAUCAAACGCUUCGGACUUAUAUGUACCAAUAAAACGGAACAAAUACAGAUUAAAAUACGGGGACAAUCAAGAAACGUUAUUAAAGUAAUUAGUGUGUUAAAGUGAAAAGUUUUAAAACUUGAAAUAGACAUGGAAAUUGUGAUUAGAAAGAGUUUCAAAAAGUGUUUAAGUGAAAUAACAAGGACAUCUUAUUGAAUUAAAACGGUUUUGAUUAGUAAAUUGAUGGAUUCUACACAUCCGGCAAAGGGACGCAACACACCCAUGCCGAUGGAAAAAACAUGACAUUAAGCUAUUUGUCUCUGAUUUUCCGUCCUUCUUCAUGUUUGAUUUUAUUCAAAAUGGCUUUUAAUCAAACAUCUCACAAAAACUCAUUCCUAGCUUCAGUGUUUUUACUAUUCGUAUUGGCUCUUGAUAUUGCUGAUCAAAGUUCGUUACCGCUCAAAUAUGAAGCCCCAGAUGAUUGUCAGUGGUGGUUGCGAGGGCCUAACGACUCACACGAAGUGUCGCUCACGUGUAAACUGCGAACGAUCAACAGUGAGUUUGAUACGACAAACUUUAGUGUUAUCCCUUCGGAACAUACGACAUCUUUAAGGAUUGAGUGUAAUGAAGAAAUGAUGUAUAAAAGCUCCUUGGACGAUCGUAGUUUUUCCCAUUUAGUGAAGUUACGUGAACUUGUGUUAGACAAUUGUAAAAUUGGGAGGUGGCCACCUGGUGUCUUGUCCGGAUUGAGAGAUCUUCGAAACUUAACCAUACGUACAAAAAAUACUGAGUGGGCCGCCAUGAGCCUAGAGAUUGCAUCAGAAAGUUUCACAUCAGUAAGGCAAUUAGAAAAGUUAGACCUCAGUUUUAAUAACAUUUGGUCGUUCCCUGAAAAUCUAUUUUGUCCCCUUACAAACUUAGUUUAUUUAAAUGUUUCAUCAAAUAGACUGCAAGAUGUAAGCGAUUUGGGAUUUAGAGAAAGAGUAAUGCAUCAAGCUCUAAUUAGUGAUCAUGAAGGUCCAACUGCAUCGGCACCAAUACCACAUGCAUCGUGCUCUCUCGAUAUUGAAGUACUCGACGCAUCAUAUAACCAUUUUGUUUUAAUGCCUGAAAAUGGAUUUCACGCCCUACGAAGGCUCAAAGAAUUGCACAUUCAUGAUAACGAAAUAUCCAUGGUCGCCGAUAAAGCUCUAGCGGGCUUGAAACAAUUACAAAUUAUUGAUCUAUCGAACAACAAAAUUGUAGCACUGCCUCAAGACUUGUUCAAGGAGUGUAGGUCAGUAAUUAAAGAAAUUUAUUUACAAAAUAAUUCAAUAAGUGUGCUCUCUCCUACGCUAUUUGCUAAUCUUGAACAGCUAUUGGCCUUAGAUCUAUCGCAUAACCACUUGACUAGUACAUGGAUAAAUGAAAACACAUUCGCAGGACUUAUCAGAAUGGUGUUACUAAAUUUAUCUAAUAACAGACUAACGAAACUUGAACCUAAGAUAUUUAGAGAUUUAUACACACUACAAAUUCUGAAUAUCCAACACAAUAUGCUAGAGAAUAUUGCAGCCGAUACUUUUGCACCAAUGAAUAAUCUUCACACAUUAAUAUUAUCUUACAAUAAGAUAACUCAUGUCGACGCUUAUGCAUUGAAUGGCCUAUACGUUCUAUCUCUGCUAUCUCUCGAUAAUAAUCGUCUUGAAGAACUGCACCCCGAAGCAUUUCGUAAUACUUCCUCAUUACAAGAUUUGAAUUUAAAUGGAAAUCGACUGAAAAAGGUGCCACUUGCUCUAAGAAAUAUGCGUUUGCUGAGAACGCUCGAUCUUGGAGAAAAUCUGAUAACAUCUUUGGUGGAGCCAGGAUUUGUUGGAUUACAUAAUGUGUAUGGACUUCGUCUUAUUGGAAACCAGAUUGAGAAUAUAACUGAUGAUAUUUUCACUGAUUUACCAGCGCUACAAAUAUUAAACUUGGCACGAAAUAAUUUAAGAUACAUUGACCCAAAUGCUUUUGAAGCGCUCAAAAAUUUACAAGCCAUGAGAUUAGAUGCCAAUCAACUCACAGACAUACAGAAUUUGUUUGUAAAUAUACCUUCUUUGUUGUGGUUAAACGUGUCAGAUAACAAAAUAGACUGGUUUGAUUACUCCCUCAUACCAACGGGACUUCAAUGGCUUGAUCUUCACAAUAACAACAUCAAAGAAUUAGGAAACAACCACAGCUUGGAUAAGGAAUUAAGGUUAGAAACGUUAGACGCAAGCUUCAAUAAACUGGUCAAUAUAUCCACCUACUCGAUUCCCAGCAGCGUCGCUCUGCUAUUCCUCAAUGAUAAUCAAAUAACUCAUGUUGAGGCUCAAACUUUUGUUGGAAAAACCAAUUUAACAAGAGUCGAUUUGUAUGCAAAUCAGAUCACUAGCUUGGAUUUCAAUGCGCUUCGUUUAACUCCAGUUGAUCCGGGCCGGCCUUUGCCCGAAUUUUAUAUUGGCGGAAAUAAUUUUCAAUGUGACUGUACCAUGGAGUGGUUACAACGUAUAAAUAAACUUGACCAUCUCAGGCAGCAUCCUAGAGUGAUGGAUUUAGAAAGCAUAUAUUGCAAGUUGUUGUAUAAUCGUGAAAGAACAUAUAUUCCGCUCAUUGAAGCGGAAUCCUCACAGUUUUUGUGUACGUAUAAGACUCACUGUUUUACUUUGUGUCAUUGUUGUGAUUUCGACGCGUGUGAUUGUGAAAUGACGUGCCCUUCGAACUGUACUUGCUAUCACGACCAAUCGUGGUCGGUUAAUAUUGUGGACUGCUCUGCUGCUGGGUAUUCAGAAAUACCCAACAGCAUACCUAUGGACGCUACUGAACUAUAUUUAGACGGAAAUAAUUUUGGUGGUUUAACAAGUCAUGCAUUUAUAGGUCGUAAAAACUUAAAGAUACUGUACGCAAACAAUUCAAAUAUUGAUGCUUUGUAUAAUAAUACAUUUAGUGGACUAAAACGCUUAACCGUGUUGCAUUUAGAAAAGAAUAAUAUAAAGGAGUUGUUAGGGUUUGAAUUAUUGCCAUUAGAAAAUUUACGAGAGCUGUAUCUGCAAGACAAUAAAAUACACUAUAUCGACAAUCGGACAUUCAUCGAACUUAAGCAUUUGGAAGUUUUACUUCUAGAAGGUAACAAUAUUUAUGGUUUUGCUGUGUGGCAAUUCACGCUUAAUCCAUAUUUGGUAGAGAUAAGUCUUUCACGCAACCCUUGGUCUUGCGAUUGCCAAUACAUACAGAAAUUCCGAAACUGGUUUCGAUACAAUCUCGGAAAAGUAGAAGAUGCUUUCAGAAUAACCUGUACAUUCGAUAACGUAACAAAUGCAGUGGGGCCUCACAUGUCUGACUUUAACUCUACGAUUUGUACUAGUCACGUUGGCGGGAGUUCUUCGAUAAUCGAAAACCAAGUCAUAAAUGAUUACCUCCCAUUACUUCUGAUAUCGCUUUGCGUAUUCGUGAUAAGCUCCGUUCUUAUAUGUGGUGUGUUUUAUUGGCGACGUGAGCUAAGAGCAUGGGUUUACUAUCACUGUGGAUUUAGAAUGUGCUAUAAGAGCACAGCAUUUGAUGAUGAAGCUGAUAAAGACAGAUUAUUUGACGCCUACAUUAGUUAUAGUGUGAAAGACGAGUCGUUUGUUGCUCAAAUGCUCGCGCCGGGUUUGGAAUCGACAGAUCCAAGUUUCCGGCUCUGCCUACAUUAUCGUGAUUUCAACGCCUCGGCGUACGUGGCCGAUACAAUAAUAGAGGCGGUCGAAUCAUCCAAACGAACUAUUAUAGUGUUAUCAAAAAACUUUAUCAAUAACGAGUGGUGUAGGUUCGAGUUCAAAACGGCUCUCCACGAAGUAUUAAAAGAGAGACGAAGAAGACUGAUAAUAAUAAUGCUAGGCGACAUACCGAGCCGUGACAUUGAUCCCGAGUUGAGGCUGUGUUUGAAGGCGAAUACGUGUGUAGAGUGGGGUGAUAGACAGUUUUGGCAGAAGUUGCGGUUCGCGAUGCCGGAUCUGCGGAAGUGUCAGUAUCAUCGGUCGACUGUGAAUAUUUACGCGUCGGUGUCGCCCGUGGGGGCUGGGAGGGCUCCGGCGCCUCCGCCUCCGCCCCCGAAGCUUCCGCCCCUGCUGGCCGAAGGGCUGGCCGACCGGCUGACCGUGUCCUCCGGUGUUCACGCACGCGAUCACUCGCACCGCAUUCCACCGCAUGCACAGAUGUGGGCGUAGCGAAUGCUCCAACGCAGUGCAUCCACGGAACGCACUGCGUACACCUGGCUUCACGAAACCAGGAUCGAGUUCUCAUCUCCCUUCAGCCGGAGGCAGAGCUCCAAUUCUACCGUCUACGAGAGUGACUGAUGGUGUGACCCACAUCGGCUUGAAGAAGCAUUGCUAUGAACUAUGUGCAGUGCAAUUUCUAUAGUGUGCUUAGACCACAGACAUUUAGACGUAAGCCCUAUUUAACAUGUUGGCUUUUUACAUUUAGCUACAUUUAUUUUAAAACCACCCACGCUUGAAUCGACAUUUAGGCCCUGUUCACAUGUACAAAAUUUCUGUAAAAGCCAUGUUUAUUUCACGGAUGUUUUUCUCGUUAAAUUAAAUGAAUUUGAAUCAUUUGUCAAAUCUUUACAUACCUAUAUUAAGAUUAGAUUAUUAAAUCAAUGUACAAAAAUAAUUUCUGGUUUUGGCGUAACAACUUCAGAACCACGGCCAGAAAUGAUUAUUAUGGAAAUGCUAGUGCGUAUGUAUGAGUUUCUUAAAUACUUCACCGACAAGCAAAUGAGCGUGAAUGAAGCUUAAUUGUAAGAAAUCCUCGCUCCCAUACGGACUAUCGAGCGAAAGAGAACAUGUGAUCGGUAAUACUAUUCCCCCGUUUAAUGAUCGCGCAUGGCUUUAGUUUUCGCGAUUAUGUAUACUGAG